UGCGCGCGCCCAAUGCAUGUUGCUUUAGCGUUAUCGAUUACAACACAAUACAACCGUGCGUACACAAACAACUGAUGACCAACACUGCUGACAGCGAGCGUGUGUGUGUGUGUGAGAGUUUGAAGACAAUGGCUGCGGCUGCGGACGGUGCUGUUCCUACCCUUGCAAUUCGCUCUAGCGUGGCUGUUGAGCUGUGGUCGUCAGCUGGUGCAAAACAGCCAUACGAACACAAGCCCAAUUUGCCGCGAGAGGAGACGAAAAGCUCACGUUCGAUCUGCUUUAGUCCGGAUGGACGUUACUUUGCCUACUCGAAUGGCAUUGAGGUGAAGGUGCUCCAUGUGCCGGCUUCCAACACUGGCAAUGCCAAUUGGCCCGUGCAGUGUCAACUGCCGCGUCCCAAGGCCUUCUAUCUCCAGUUCUCACCGCGUGGCACUUAUCUGUGCACCUGGGAACAUUAUGCCAUUACCAAGGAUCGUCCGGAGGGUGCUGCCAAUUUGCUCGUUUACGAUGUCGCCACUGGCAAUGAGGUCUUUGCCAUUGUACAGAAGAAUCAAACGGAUUGGCAGCCCUCGUGGUCAUCAGACGAAUCGAUCUUUGCUUUGGUUGUAGGCGGCGAGGCACUGUUCUAUGACUUGGCUGCCGGAGCAGUUGAAGGCUUUGCUAGCCCAUCCCGUAAAAUUGGCGGCAGCCGUGGCGGUAUGCUAUCUCUCGGUCCGGGCAGUUGUCCACCGUAUUUGGCAUUUUAUACGCCUGGUGCCAAGGGCGCACCGUCCAUGUGUAAGCUCUACAAGUAUCCGGCUCUGGGACAGAAUCAAACAGUCGCCUGUAAAAGUUUCUUCCAAGCGGAUCGCGUUGACAUGCUAUGGAACAAGCGCGGUAGUGGACUUUUACUGUUGACCAGUACCGAGGUGGACAAAAGCGGUGCUUCAUACUAUGGCAAUCAGGCUGUCCAUUUCAUGGCCACCAAGGGGGAUACAUGCUCUGUGCCAUUGUCGAAGGAGGGACCCGUGCAUUGUGUCAAAUGGAGUCCCAAGGCCAAUGAGUUUGUUGUCGUCUAUGGUUUUAUGCCCUCGAAAGCGGCAUUGUAUAAUCUCAAGUGCGAUGUUGUCUUUGACUUUGGGGAGGGUCCCCGUAACUGUGCCUACUUCAAUCCAUUUGGUAACCUCAUUGUGCUCGGUGGAUUUGGCAAUCUGCCUGGCGCCGUCGAAGUCUGGGAUGUGAGCAAACGAGAGAAGAUUGCUAAUCUCAAGUGUGCAGAUACCACGCACUUUGAAUGGCAUCCAAAUGGCGAGUGGUUUGUUACCGCUACCACGGCUCCUCGGCUACGAAUUAGCAAUGGCUUCAAGAUCUAUCAUUAUUCGGGGGCAUUGCUACAUGAGACGUUGUGGCCACAAGGACAGGAGCUAUUGGGCAUUGAGUGGCAGCAGUAUGCGGACAAUACAUUUGUCGAGCCAAAAAUAACCAAGGCCAAACAUGAAGGCAUCAAGUCCAGUCAGCCGGAGGCCAGCAAGAAGGCCUACACACCGCCCCAUCUGCGUUUGUUAAAGGAGGGCAAAAACCCGGAAAAAUAUUUGCCGCAGCCGACGGUGCCAGGACUUCCAGCAGCAGCACCAGGUGUGGGUGCAAAUAAGAACAAGAAGAGGAAUAACAACAGCAACAAAGCAAAGGGCAACAAUAACAUCAACAACAGCAACAGCAACCACAAGCGUGAAGCUGACGAAGCCACACCGCCAGAUGCAGCUGCAUCUGUAGCUGCAGCCGCUCCAACUGAGAGCCAACAACAGCAACAGCAGCAGCAAUCGACAGCAGGUGGAUCAACAGUCACUAUUGGUGAAUCACCGCGUAGACAGGCGCCCAAGCAACGUCCGCUGCCAAGACACCAACAACAGCAGCAUCAACUGGAGCAGCCAGUUGAGUUUGGCACACCACGUCAUCAUGCCAAUUCCAAUGGCAAUGUUGCAUACAACAACAACAGCGGCGGUGGCGGCGGCAACAACAAUAGCGACAAGGAUCGCAAAAUACGUAGUGUUGCCAAGAAAUUAUCAGACAUUAAGAAGCUCAAGUCACGUCAGAGUCAAGGCGAAACACUGGAAUUAAAUCAAUUGAACAAAAUUGAAAUGGAGGCCAGAUAUCUGGAGGAGCUCAAGGCGCUCAAAUUGUCCGUCUAAAUAGACAAUAGACACAUGCCAUCAACUGUUAAAUGUGUGAUACAACAAAAGUAGCGAGUUUACUGCAAACAAGGACACGAUACACUCAAAACUUGGUUAUUUCUGGGCCCCUAAUUGUGUACUUUCGAACUUCCUGUAUAUUAAUUGCUUUAUAAAUGAAAUGUUAGUGCUGUUUUCUUUACGUGCGCAAAUUUUUCAAAGUUAAACAAACAACAAAAAAAAUAACAUUUUUCUAC